AUGUCUUUGUAUUCUGAGUCCAUCGACGAACCUCGCCGUCCGUCAGCGCAGUACUAUCAGUACCCAGCUCGCCGUGGUGUGGAUCUAGCUACCAGUCCCAGAUUAGAAGUAUACGACCAACCGAUAUCACUUCCUCGUCGCUAUCCCGAUAGUGAUAGGGAACACAAAGGCGCCCUGGUCGUCCGAAGCAAGCCGCUCCGCGUAAGAGCUGCGAGUCCAGACGACGAUGAUGAACGCCGAUCACGAAGGAAAUCGGUUGUUCUUCGGCCCCGGUCAACAUCACGAGUUCGGAUUCGAGAGCCAGUAUUGCUUGUAGAUACUUCAUCCUCGGAUGAAGAACCGAGAAGAAGCCGGAAGAACCGGGGUGAUGACACCCGCAUCCGUGCCACUUCUCGCCCUGGAAAAAAGAAAGAAUAUGCAUUCGUGCGGAAGGCGUCGAAAAAAAGACGAAAGAGCGAUGCUAAAGUCGCCGUUGUGACUGAUCUGGAAUUGAAGACAGACCGUCGACAUAGAGAUUUCCAAAGCAGGCGUAACGACUUGGAGAAUACAGAAGCUCUUGUGCUCGUCAGGGCGAGGAGCCAAGAGCGUGAUCGACUUGUCGAUGAUUUAUCUGAUCUGGACAGUUAUGACGGCAGAAGACAAAGAUCUCACUACAACACUGGAAGCAGAGGGAAGCGCGCCAGCCUUGAUGAUGGUCGACGAGCGAUUGUCAUUGCUCGGGAUGACCGUGACCGUGAUGAUAGAAGAAGAAGCACUCGAGGCUCGAAACUGUACAAGUACGGAGACGGGCUAGUUAUGGCAGGCGACGGAGACGAUAUUCGUUCGAAGGGGCGGGGAUCAGGCAGACGCCGGAUCAGUCUCAGUCCCGAUCGUGAGACCAUCGACUCCAGCACAGUAGACGGCAGUCUCAGGCGUGCCAGCACUGUCUCGUCGCGAGAUCCAAGGGCCAGACCAUCACGUGCAUAUGACGACAGAGUAGCCGACCCUGACACGCGCUUGGACCCGCGAACUGAUUCUGCAUAUUUUACCGACAGUGAGAGACGAGCCAGAGAAAGAGAGCGGGAGGCCAUCGAGCGAGAGAAGCGAGCCAUCGAGAGGGAGAAAGCAGCCCUGGACAAAGAGAAGCUUCUCGUCGACUGGGAAAAGAGAAUCCCAGCACGAGAUUUCCUCGAUGACCGAGGUGGAGAUGCGGGAGACUAUCUGAAGCAGGGACAAACAUUCCUCAAAGACGGCCAGAAGUACUACAAGGGUGGCCAGGGAGUGGUGGGUGGUAUCAAGAACCUGUUGAAAUAG